AUGUGCGUUAAUAUAAAGCCGGGAGACCCCAUUCCCAAGAAAAUACUGUGCAACAAUUGCAAAGUAGGAACGAAGCGUACUACCCCUGCGAGAGCCAGUAGCCAUCCCUCUCCCAGCUCAGAUACAGAAAAUGCAGAGGACAAUUUCACAGACGCUGAUGAAAUUAAUUCUGAAAAAUCCCUCGAUCAUGAGAUAAGGCUGUUGCGAUUGGAAUUUUCUUCGGUAACCAGGGAGCUGUCGCGGCUUAGAACGACUAUAUCCGAAUUUAAUAAACGGGUUGACAGCGUCGAGAAACGCUUAGAUAAUUUCGAAAAAAUUAAUCAGGAGCGACACUCGGAAAUUGUCGAUAAAAAUGCGACCGAAACAAUUGCCCAACUGCGAUCCGAAUUGAAUGACCGUGACCAAGAGAACCUGCUAAACGAUAUCGAAAUCUCGGGUUUAGAGGAGAAAAAUGCCGAAAAUCCAACCAAUAUAGUGGUUUUAAUUGCAAAAAAAAUUGGGGUGCCACUGGAGGAACGCGACAUCGUCAGCGCUGAGCGUUGGGGCCCACGCCGUAUAAUAGCCGAUCACAGCAGCCAAACUCGGCCGCGGCCAAUUGUCGUGCGUCUCGCUCGGCGCGCCGUCCGCGACGAAAUGCUACGAGCCGCGCGCGUGCGCCGCGGCUGUGACUCUCGGGAAUCGUCGAGUCGGUGCCUAAGCGGUUUUAUGUUAACGAGCGUCUCACUCCGAUGA